UUCACGUCAUUAUCUGAGUAGAAGGUUAUUUGUUUCUAAGUUGAUUUGGUUUUUCUUUUCUGAGCUGUGAGUUUUUUUUUAUUAAUUUGUAUUCCUGAAUUGGUGAUAAACUUAUGUUUCUGUUUCUAAUUGUAUUGAAAGAAAGAGUAUAGUUGUUUCGAAUAUUAUAAAAACUGAUACAUUUGAUAAAUUUUAUAUCUACCUGUUUCAAAAUAUUUUGGGUUUUGCACUUUUGGACCAGUUUGUAUACAUUUGAUGUACAUGUGAGAAAUGGAAAUGGUUUGAGUAUACAUUUUAUAUCAUAAGCACUGUUCAUAGUAGCAGUGGAAUGGUGGUUUUGCCCCCGAGGCUGAUUCCACUCUAUUGGAGUUUGUCUCUUAAAUAACUCACCGACUAAAAGGGUUGAAAUCAACGGAAAGAGAGAGUGAAGGAGAGAGAGUUCAGUUCGAUCUGCUUAAAAAAAAAAAAAAAAAAAAAAAAAAAUCACCGACUGAAAGAGAGAGUUGAAAUCGGCGGAAAGAGAGAGUGAAAGUUGGAUCUGCUGCUGUUGGUUGCUUUAAGAUACAGAGGUUGAGUUGAAAACAAGUACGAAAUCUCACCGUCUACGAGUACGACAUCUGGGUUCAGAGUUGAAGCUAUUAACUUGCUUCUGUCAUUAGUUAAUCUGACGAGAUUUUAUGCAAAAAAGUAUCAGUACCGUCUUUCUGCUGCUGUUCCAUUGUCUGUUACUCAGUAUUAUCUUGCUUUCCCAUUUUGAUUCAGAUUUUGGGAACAGUAUGCAGUCAGAUUCCUUGAAUCUUUUGGAUCCAGAAGAGGUGGAAAAGCCUUUUUGUCCUCACUGUUCGAGGACAAUAUCAAGCUGGUGGAAAAGUCAUUUCUGUCCUUGCUCUUCUCUGUCUUGGAUAGGCAUAAUGAUCGGGGUUGGGAUUGGGUGGCUUACAUCAAGAUCAACAAAACCGAAAGAAGAGAGCAGAGAGAAAAGAGGAAUAGAAUAGACGAAAGCAGAAGAUCUGUGAGCUCUGGAAAGAAGAGAGUGUUGGAUAGGCAUAACCAAUUAACCAUCGGGUUUGGAACUGAGUGGCUCACAUCAAGAUAAAAAAAAAGUGAAAGAAGAGAGAAGAAAGAAAAGAGGGAUAGAACAAAGGGGAAUGUCGCGGCGAGAAUAGAGAGUCGAAAAAGGGAGAGGAAGAGAAAAGAAAGACAAGCAGAAUAGAGGAAAGGAGAAGAUCUUGGCCAGAAUAGACCGGUUGCAAGAAGGUUCAGGUUUUUUCGCUCUCUCGCUCCUCCUCCCUCUCAACUUGACAGUGGUGCAUAUUUUUAGCGCAUCGAAAAAGUGUAGAUCGGAGAUUGAGCCCAGAAGAAGAAACCGUUACCGUUUCUGAGAUGCUUCUCAUCUUGGCUACCAGAAAAAGGUCACCAUAGAAGCACCCAAAGCUUCAGUUACAGAAAGCCACCCAUUACUCUUCCAAAGAUCUUUGCUUUCAACUCCUUCCUCAAUCGGAAGCCAGUUUGCUUGGAUCAAGAAGCUUCCACCAGCCAAGAAGGUUACUUUUUUCAUCUGGGUAGUGUCAAGAGCUUGAAUAAGAUGAAAUCGAGUUACUGGAUUUUGAUCUGAGGAAGGAGAACACGAAAACCAAAGGCUGUUAUUUGGAAAGAAGAAGCAGUGAUAGUAUAUUACUGUUGCAGUAGUCCCAAGUCGGGAUAAAUCAGUCAAGAAAUUUGUGAAAGCUGGCAGUGAGGAAAACAAGGCAUUCAUUUCCAAGGUUGAGGUAGACAACAUAGAGAGGGUGGAGAGGGUCUCAUCACUGAACCGUACUUUUUUCUGUUUGAUAUCUCAGAGCAGGUUCAAUCCUUUGAACUUGCGCUGCAUCCUUUGAAUCCUGAAUCUUGAAUCCUGAAGAACACCACAAACCGCUGCGUACCACCACCAUUGAAUUCCAAACCACCAUCACCCUACCUUUUUUCGAAAAAAAAUUCAGAUCCGUCUUGAAACCCUAGAAAACCCAAUCCUGCAAAAAUCCCGAAUUCCUCAAUGGCCGGACCUGUAAUUGAAGGCGAACAGUCAAAUCCCGAGAAGGCAAUGGUGCCAUCCUCACAAGUCAUCCAUCACCACUACACCACCCAACAAGACAACUUUGCGUUCCCAACAAGUGUUGUCUUGAAUGAAUCCAACUACACCAUAUGGGCUCCUCUCAUGCGGAUGCGCAUUGGAGCACGAGGGAAGGUUGGUUAUCUGACCGGAGUGAAGGCUGAACCCGCCAUAAAUUCUGCAGAGUAUGAAGCUUGGGCCACGGACAAUGAAAAGGUGAAAAGUUGGCUCAUUGACUCCAUGGAGUCCUCUCUUAUGAACCGGUAUAUUCGUCUCCCUACUGCAAAAGAUAUUUGGGAAGCUGUGGAGAAAACUUUUUAUGAUGAUUCUGAUGAAACCCGGAUCUUUGAAUUGAACAAGAAGUGUUUUGAAGCAAAGCAAAAUGGACGGCCUAUUCCUACCUACUAUAAUGAGUUAGUGGCGAUGUUCCAGGAGAUUGAUCAAAGGGUGGCCUCUCAGAAUGAUAAUGUUGCAGCUGUAGUUCAAGAGACCUCAGCGAUGUCCCGGAUGCGUGUUCACAUGUUUUUGAGUGGACUUGACCUAGAGUAUGAUCAGGUGUGUGGAGAAAUCCUGCGCAAGGAACCUAAAUUCUCUUUGGAGCAGAGCUAUGCUUACAUUCGCAAGGUGCAAUCAGAGAAACAGGCUAUGGGGCAUUCGAUACCUACCGAAUCCUCUGUUAUGGCUGUCCAACGCAAACCAGGUCCUCCUCCAGGCUUCUCACAUCGUCCUCUAGGUAAACCAAAUCCAUAUGCAAAUAGAAAGUGCAUUGUGUGUGGGGAACUAGGUCAUAGCAAAGAGCGGUGCUAUGAAGUGAUUGGUUACCCUGAUUGGUGGGACUUCACCAAGAAACCACGAAAGAAUCUGGGCAAGGCCGCCAUUGCUACUACAGAGGAAGAGCGUCUAGACAAUGCCUCCGCUAAUGUAGCGCAAUCAGGUAUGAAGGGACAUUCUGACUCGGCGGAUCCUUAGUUAUGGUGUUAGAAGGGGGAAAUUGUACUACCUGGAUUUGACAGAGAAUGGAGAGAAUCAGAAGCAUCUUUUUGGGCAAGCUAAUCAGAUCAAUGGGGUAGAGAAUGCGAAGGAAGCUGUAUGGUUAUGGCAUCGCCGUUUAGGUCAUCUAUCUUUUAGUUAUCUUAAGAAGCUGCAACCUCAUUUGUUUUCUGUUGUCAGUGAUUUGGAUUUCCAUUGUGACAUUUGUGAACUAGUCAAGAGCCACCGUGUUUCAUAUUCACCAAGUCUUAAUAAAAGUCCUGUUCCUUUUAUGAAAAUUCACUCUGA